GGAGGCCGGCCCGCCCGGCGGGCCCAUGUCACCGUGGACAGCUCCAAGGCCAAGACCUCGCUGGAGGCGCUGAAGAUCAGCUUGCGGCAGCUCCGCUGGAGAGAGUUUCCAUUUGGUCGGCGCUUGCCCUGUGAUAUCUAUUGGCAUGGGGUAUCAUUUCAUGAUAAUGACAUAGUCUCAGGUCAAGUCAACAAGUUUCCAGGCAUGACAGAAAUGGUGCGUAAAAUUACCCUGAGUCGGGCAGUGCGAACAAUGCAGGAUCUAUUUCCUGAAGAGUACAACUUCUAUCCCCAUUCAUGGAUUCUGCCAGAAGAGUUUCCCCUCUUUGUUGCUGAGGUUCGCAUGAUGAAAGAGAGUGAUCCACCCUGGAAGCCCACUUUCAUUGUGAAACCUGAUGGUGGGUGUCAAGGGGAUGGAAUCUACCUCAUUAAAGACCCCAGCGACAUUAGACUGGCAGGAAAUCUACAGAGCCGGCCAGCUGUAGUCCAGGAAUAUAUCAGCAAACCGCUGCUGAUUGACAAACUGAAAUUUGAUAUUCGUCUAUAUGUCUUACUGAAAUCUUUAGAACCAUUAGAGAUUUAUAUAGCCAAAGAUGGACUCUCUAGAUUUUGUACAGAGCCGUAUCAAGAACCCACCCUGAAAAACUUGCACCAGGUAUUUAUGCACUUAACCAACUAUUCACUGAAUAUUCACAGCGGGAACUUCAUCCAUUCUGACAAUGUAAACACUGGCAGCAAAAGGACUUUUUCAAGCGUUCUCUACAGACUGUCUUCCAAAGGGGUUGACAUCAAGAAACUGUGGUCGGAUAUAAUUUCAUUGGUGAUUAAGACUGUUAUUGCACUGACUCCAGAGCUGAAAGUUUAUUACCAAUCUGAUAUACCAGCUGGAAAGCCUGGGCCAACUUGCUUCCAGAUUUUAGGAUUUGACAUUCUCCUAAUGAAAAAUUUGAAGCCUGUGUUACUUGAAGUAAAUGCAAACCCCAGCAUGAGAAUAGAACAUGAGCAAGAGCUUUCUCCAGGAGUGUUUGAAAAUGUCCCAAGCCCCGUUGAUGAAGAAAUAAAAGUGGCUGUCAUCAGAGAUACCCUUCGUCUAAUGGACCCGUACAAAAAGAAGAAAAAAGAUAAUCAAUCUCAACUGUCUGAGAAUGCAUCAGACACAAAAGAUGAACUAUUGGAACCAGGAUCAACAGACCAGUUGGAACAUGAUAGCAAAAAUGCAGAAGCCAGCUUACCCUCCCUUUGUCUCAAGCAAGUGUUUCCAAAAUAUGCCAAACAGUUCAGCUAUCUACGACUGGUGGACAGAAUGGCUGCAUUGUUUAUCCGAUUCCUUGGAGUAAAAGGGACAAUGAAGUUGGGACCAACAGGUUUCCGAACAUUUAUAAGGAACUGCAAGCUGAGUAACAGCAAUUUUUCAAUGGCUUCCGUGGAUAUUCUGUACAUCGAUAUCACAAGAAGGUGGAAUAGUAUGGGACUAGACCAAAGAGAAUCAGGUAUGUGCUUGCAAGCCUUCAUAGAAGCUUUCUUUUGCCUGGCUCAGAGAAGAUACAAGUCACUCCCACUUCAUGAGCAAGUGGCAUCAUUGAUUGAUUUCUGUGAAUACCAUCUAGCCAUCCUCGAUGAGAAGCGCCUGGUUUGCAGCCGAGGAAUAACGGAACGCCGAGCAGCGCUGGUUACCUGUCAGCCAGAUGGACUCCACCUCACGGCAGCUACUCAUGCGCCUCUCCUGAACCGCAUGACUGCUGCCAAUAAACUUACAGAUUAUAGAAAUCAUCGGUCUUGAUGGGCACUAUCAAGGAAAAAAGACAAUGACAGGGCUGGAAACUGAUCCCUGAACACAUACUGCAGGAGGUGAAACACGGGCUCUUGAGUUCUUCCAUCUGACAGUCACCGUAAUAUAUUACAGCUUUCCCUGAUUUAUGCUCUUCAGAAGUGAUUGUUGCAAACUUCCCCUUCCACGUAAUGACUCUCAGUGGAAAUGGCUGUUAUUUAUUAUUUCCCCAGUGGGCAUACAAAAUAGCUGAAAUGACAAACUGAAUCUUUUAUUCAGAGUUUAUAGAAAAUCAUUUAUGAAGACAAAGGGGCAAAAAUGCAAUGUUACAAUAACUGGCAUCAUGGGGUUGAUAGCACUGACUGAGAGGGGCAACCUCAGAGAAGGAAUUUCAGCUCAGUAAUGCCUUGGAGAAGCCAAUUUCUACAACAUGAGCAACAUGUUUUUCAGCCGCGCUGUGUGUUCUGGACAUUGUUUUGAAACCAAGUAAGGAGAUGCAAACUGGCAUUUCUAAAUUGUGUGCGUUUUUAAAAACUAAAACCCAAAAUUAUGCAUUUGAUCACAUUUUAGGCUUUGUCUCUCUCUUAUGAGGAUUUAACUGUAUUUUGUUUUGUGUGUAUUGAUACAGAUUUUGUCUGUUGGGUGCCGGCAGCUACAUACUGGAUUUUUUAAAAAAGUUAAUCCUAAAGCGCUGAAAUCAUAACCACUUUUGGGGUCCAGCUCUUUGUACACAGCCUUUGUUACUCCAACUGCUCUUAUAGGUCAAAAGAAAAGGUUAAAAUGGCUACCAAUCCUACCCACCCGUAUACCCCAAACCAGCUCCAUUAAGUUCUUUAAAUUGAUAGGUGGUACUUCAGCAGGACUGCAUGCAUAUGGAUUGAUGAGCACUGAUCCUGCAAAGAGAACUGCAAAGGCUCACCCCAACAUUGUUCUCUUUUCAGGGUCAGGGCCUGGGAGCCAGAUCUAAAGCCCAGGGAAGUCAGUGGGGCUUAAGUGGCCUCUGGAUCAGGCCUACGUGAAUCACAGUUGUCAGGAUCAGGAUCAGAUACUGGUUAUGAUCUUCAUGGCCUUGAACGGUUGAGGACCCCGCCACUCAGAUCUCCAAUUUCCCAUGGUCCCAACACAAUUAAUAAAAAAAUGUGGAUUGAUCCAAGCAUUUCAUCUUCUGGGACAAGUGUGAGGGCAUUCUUGGCUGAAGGCCUCUGUGAGAACCUGAGUUUGAAUUCAGAGCACAGCACUCUUCAUUCCCACUGGGUUGGGAGCUGAGGGCACUAAGCAUCAUGUAGAGUUAGGCCCAUAGGCCCUGAAAGCAAAGCCUGUUGAAGUCAAUGGGAGACUCCCAUUAGUUUGGAUUAGUCCCUUAGUUAGGCCUUGAUGUUAGUAUUAUGGCAAACCUCUGAAUUCAUUAAGAUCUGGGUCAGGUCCUCAGUGGGUGUAGAUUGGUGUAGCUCCAUCUGACUGAGAGGCUUUCAGGGCAUCUGGGCACCGUUACAGCAACAACAAAGGGCAAUGCUCUGGGGCCAGACUGCAAAUUAAAAUGAAGGUAAUUCUAUUGUUUGGUCCUUUGGAGAGGAAAACAACUAGAAUUGUUCAUUACGUAUAGUGCUUUAUUUACUGCAUGAGCACUAGCUGUGUGCCACUGCAUAUUACCCUGUAACGAUGCUCUGCAGAUAGGAGCAAUUCCAUACUUGGUUUUUUAUUUUAAUCAUUAUUUGAACAGCUCCUGUACAUAUUUUCUCUGUACUUGUAGCAUGUUCUGGCCAGCAUUCAAUGCUGUCAUUAGUAUUCUGUCACAGUACAGCACCGAACUGGGCAGAGCUAGUUUUUCAAGUGUCUGUUACUGUAACUCAUGGAUUUAGCAGUAAAAAGUGAGACUAACUGCAUAUUGGAUUUUUUGCUAUCAUUUUUGG